AUGGGAUUCACGGAGCAAACGAGAAUUGUGAGCUGCCUUGAGCCUCUGAAAACAGCAGAACAGCCAAUCAUCAUACGCAUCGAUGAGACGGACUCGAUAUCGAGCUCGGACGGUUCUGAGCCGGAUACCAGGCGGUUUCAAUAUGCUCCGCCAACCCGUUCGUCUGUCUCAUUCCAGUCGUCAAACGAGAAUCUUCCACCACAUCCUCUAGAACAUGAUGUCUAUCAGCCACCGACGGCGAGAGUCUGGACAAAGCUCGCCGAGGGUGUUAGACUUGCAUACACACGAGGCAAAGUUUCACUGGAGCAGCGCGAACGUGAGCAGAAGCCGGUCUCCGUUGCAGGAAGGUUCAAUCACUGUUACGUCUACCCGCUGGACAAUCGGAGUGGAAAGAACGAGCGCAUAUUGAUGGAAAGAUGGGCUCCUAAACUUGAAGUCCAAGACGGCCAUGGUACCAAGCAGACUGUCAUUCAAGCUGCCUCGCACAACUAUGCUGGCUUCUACAGUCUCACCAAAGAUGCGGAAGAACUGCAGCGUUUAGCCCUGGAGCAGUUGCCAAUCGCCGACUCGAGUGCGGUUCGAUCCCUAGAAUUGGCCAUGCACGAUGGUUUUGCAAAGUUCUUCUCUACCGACUUUUGUUACACAACCAGCACAGGAUAUGGUUCCAACAUAUUGGCCUUCUCGGCGAUCCUGAAUGAGGAUUGGCUGGUCAUGUUUGAUGACAAGUGCCACAACUCCAUGCACGUCGCCGCGUAUCAAAGUCAUGCCGGACUCGUCAAGAAAUUCCCCCAUGGCGACUUUGAGAGAAUGGAGGUAAUCCUGGCGGAGCACAAGGACAAAUUCGCGAACAUCCUUGUCUCAAUCGAAGGGUUCUACAGCAUGGAUGGCACCGUCCCUGCCCUCGACGCCCUUGCCCGUCUCAAACAGAAAUACAAGUUCACUCUCCUCGCCGACGAAGCCCAUUCACUAAUGUGCCUGGGCCGCACUGGUCGGGGAUGUAUCGAGGUCUGGAACGAACAACACCCUGACCAGUCCCUCCCAGCCGACCUCUUCGACCUCCGCACUGGGACGCUGUCAAAGUCAGUUGGGGCCAUUGGUGGUAUUGUAUGUGGGAAGUCUCGUUUCGCCACUGCGGUUCUGAAGCGCCGUGAUGAGAUGCUUGCCUUGGGGGUCGAUCCUGUCCCGACCUCCUCCAUGAUUCAGACUUUGCAUGUCCUGGGCCAACCGACAUUGCUGCAGCGAAAUCUUCGCAGACUGACUGCGACAGCUACAUUCGUUCGCGAAGAGCUGCACCGAGCAGGAGUCCACGUCUACGGCAAUGCCAUCUCGCCCAUCCUCCCAGUAUACGCAGGCCGGCCCAGCAUGGCAGCCAAGAUGUCGUAUGCACUUCGCAAGGGCGGACUGCUCGCGACGCCAGUCUCCACGCCGGCAGUUCCCUUCUGGGAGUCUCGCGUGCGGAUUUGUCUUUCCGCAGACCACGACAACGACACGGUGGAAGGACUUAUCAUGGCGAUUGUGAAGGCUGCCCAAAACAUCGGGCUGAUCGGAAACGCCAAGUUCGAAGCCAAGCCGUUCAACUACCUUGACGAGCUGCCCACCGAGCAGGAGUCGAUCGAGGCACUGCAGACUGCCGACUAUAUUCGACAACUCAUCGACCAAGACAUCAAGACCGGCACUGGCACAAUCUGCGACGACGCCAUUCUGGAUGCGGGCCACGCAGCGCGCACCAGAUACGGGCUUGGAUCCGGGGGCGCGCGCUGGAUCACGGGCACGUCGGAACUGCACAUCCAAGUCGAGAAACUCGCUGCCAGGCUCACGGGAACCCCCGAGGCACUUACCUACCCUGACUCAUUCAUUGGUCUGAUGUCGACAAUCGCGGCGCUCAGUCGCCCGGUGAUGGGUUUCAAGACACACGUCUUCCUAGUGCCCGAAUCAGCGCCUCAAGCCGUCUGGGAUGGAUUCCGCGUCGCAUCCAAGAACGGAGCCCCCAAAGUCCAGCGGUACAAUGAUUCUCUCGACAUGUUACUCGAGCAAAUCCGCUCAUACGGCAAGUCGACCUAUAUCACGCUGUUUGUCGAUUCUGCAAUCGAGAGCGGCCGGAACGGGACGAAUUUGCGCUAUAUAUCGGAGAGAAUCCAGCGUGCCCGCGGCCCGGCAGGCAUGACGAUUCUCAUGCGCGACAGUGCCGGAGCUGGAAGCCUGUGGCAUGAUGGAGAUCAUGCCCCUUCCACAACAAGCACGAGUACGAGUACGACAUCGGCAUCGAUAUCGACUCCCAAAUUCCGAGACCAUCACGUCCUCGUCUACGGCUCCUUCUAUACCGCGUUCGGCCUUCCCGGAGCAUACCUCGCGGGCUCUCCGGUCCUGCUCAAGGAGCUGAGAUACACGAGUCGCGGGUACAUGUUCACGACGUCGCAGCAGCCGUUCAUCAUGGGCAUGGUCGCUGCGGAGCUGCGGCGGAUGAUGGGUAUGGCGUAG